UUCUCUUUCCUCUCGGCUUGUCGACCGGGGAAAACAAACCGACCUGAGGCACAGCGAAUGGGGAUUUACUAAUUAACUACUUACACACAGAGAAAUGCACACACCUUCUUCGCUCCCUCUCUCUCUUUCUGUCAGUUCCCUUCGUCGGGGUGGUUAGUGUAGUGCUGCAUCCACGGUCCCCGGCUCGGUGCGCUACUGGAACAAACGCCGGGAGAGUUAACGCAUAUGCGGUUAGACUGCUCACACUUUGCCGGUUGAGAGAAUACUAAUCUUCUGGGCAAAGAAACUUGAGUGUACCAUCACUGUAGCACGACUCCUUCCUUGUUUGUCCACCUGGAACCAGCGCAGUGCAAAGAAAUCCAGUCCCAGUGGUUGGAGUUCGGAUUUUGGGCUUCGGGCUCAGGUGCUUCUCUGAAGCGGGGCGACGUGGGAGUCCAGGCCAGUAUGCUGCAACGGAGGUCCUGCACUGGGUUCUACUGUGUGUGGCGCUGCGUGUUUACAGGUGUUGUGGAGGCAUGGACUGUAACUGUGUCAGUGACCUGUUGCUCACCCCCCCUGUCCCUGCCCUCUGGACACCAGGUGAGGCAAGCAGGAUGGGGGCACUUUUUUGCGGAAGCCGGGGCAUUGCCUUCCCAGACUGGGCCUACAAACCUGAGUCAAGCCCCGGCUCCAGACAGAUCCAGCUAUGGCACUUCAUUCUGGAGCUGCUGCAGAAGGAGGAGUAUCAGGGUGUGAUAGCUUGGCAGGGGGACUACGGGGAGUUUGUCAUCAAGGACCCCGACGAGGUGGCCAGGCUGUGGGGCAUACGGAAAUGCAAACCCCACAUGAAUUACGACAAGUUGAGCAGGGCACUAAGGUACUACUACAACAAACGCAUUUUGCACAAAACCAAAGGGAAGCGUUUCACCUACAAGUUUAACUUCAGUAAGGUGGUGCUGGUGAACUAUCCCCUGCUGGACAUGGCCAGUUCCCCCUUCCUGCUCCAGAACCACUUCAAUGGGGGCUCGGCUGCUCCUGACUGCAGCCCUGUCACACCUGAGGCUAUACAGUCACUGUUUCCUCGUUUACCAGAAUCAGGGAGAGGGACCUCACUGUUUGACAGAGGGGCAACGGCCCCCGGACCAGAGGGAGAAAAACUGAGACUUGACACCUUCCCCUUCCUCAGCUCAGGCACUCCCUGCUACUCCAAGCCCCCGUCCCUGUUGGGCCCUUACUCUCGCAACCCUCCUUUCGACUACCCCUGGGGCUUCAACCCCUACCUCCCAGGGGCCUUCUCCCUCAACAACUGCCCCAAACUGCCCCCCGGCUCCCUCUACCCCUCCCACUUCUACCCCAACCCGCUGCAGACCAGCUUGGGCCAGCUACCUCACCCCUUCUCCUCUCUACUUCCCCCGGGGGAGGUGGCGGGAGGGGGAGAGAGGGGAGUAGCGGGUCAGACCGGGGGUACUAACGGCACAGCAGGUGGGCAACCCAGACUCUGCCUGCCUCCUUACCCUGGUGCUUUGACACUGGGCCGGACUGACAUUGGCAAUGGGGGCUCCAUCUGUGAGAGGGAGAGGGGUGAUGCCAACACACCUGGCACGGGGCUAGGGCUGGGGCUGGGGCUGGGAGGGGUGGGUCUUGGUGGUGGUGCUGGGGGACGACAGAGCCCAUCUGAGCGGCGAGGCAGAGUGAAGCAGGACCCAGAGUCAGACUCAGACCUGGAGAUCACAGAUCUGAGUGAUUGCAGCUCAGACAACGACAACGAGCCUGACUUCAGCAUCACCAAGGAGACCAGGCUCAGUGGCAGAGCACAGAUCCUGAUUGAAGGGAAAAAGGGGGGAGUACUGCCACCUGUCUCCUCCCUCCCUCCCCCUGUGUCCCCUCAUUCCCUCAAGAGCCUGGUGACCCUCACCCCUCCACCACAAUCCCUCCCUCCAUCCCUCUCUCCCUCUAUUGCUUUGGUUGACCGGCACAGGGGGACAGAGACUCUCAAACUGAUCCACAGCUAAUAGAUUGUUCUGUGUCCUUCUACAACAUGGAAACUCUCAAACUCCUCUCUCUCCAUCUCUUUUUCUCUUCCUUUGGCAUUUUUUGUGUUAUCUUACCCUGUUUCUCUGUCUUUUUCCUUUCCUUUCGCAACCUUUCAGUUCUCUCUUUAUUAGAGUCUUCUUCUACAUGUUGACUUGUCCAACAUAGCGGAGAUAGUGAGUUUACCAAUUUUUACAUUGCUGAGAAUAUACUAUGUUACAGCUAUGUUUACUACUGUUGUUUUUGGCUUUAAUAGUUGCACAUCAUUCUGUGCUAUUUGUAUGUUACAGUGUUACCACAGUGGGUGUAAUAUAACACAACUAAUUGUUAUAUUGAAAUACAGUAUAAUGUUAUAAAUAUAAUAAAAAGUGCAACAAUAUAGACAUUAGAUUAAUUGCAAUAGCUGCCACAAUAAAUUAUACUGGACAGAUAUAUUUAUUUCAAAUUUUCAUGCGUUUUCCUUGGUACCAGUAUUAUUUUUGCUGUUCAAAACAUAGUCGCACAUUGCCAUCUAGUGGCCAUCAGUGUGGGAUGUUUAACUUCAUUGUUGGGAGAAAUUAUCAGUCUUAAAAUCCGAACAGUUUUUAAUUGUACUCUGGUCAUGUAAUCUUCUGAUAUUACUUGUUUGUUUAUUGUUUAAUGCUAAUAUAAAUGGCUUUACUUUCUUUAAUGAGAGGGAGAGAAAAAGAGCAAAAGAAAGAGCUGGACAAAUUUAGAAUUUGUAUAAAUAUUUCAUUGUGUAUAUUUUAUUAUGGUGUACAUUACAUUUAAUUAUUAUCACUAUUAUAAGAGUUAACUGUAUUGGUGUGAUUUAAUUAUGUAUUUAAAUAAUGUUGGGAAAUUGAUAAGUAUUGGCGUAUUGAAGUUUUAAAUAAUCAAAAGCAGGGUACCUGCACUGGGGAGGUGUUUUUCUAUGAGGACUCAUAUAUUGGGAGUUGUCUCAUAUUUUCUCAACCCCAGCUAAUUGUGCCCUUUGGUCAUUAUCCAAAUGCCCUCUGUAUGAACCCUUUGGGUUUAAAAUAUGCUGGUAGUCUUAUUUUUAUAGUCAGCAAUCAGCCAGUGUAACUGUUCUGUGGUUAGUCAAAUGUGAAUAAUAUUGGUUUCUGCUCAUUUUUUCAACUGCACCAACCAAAAAAUAUGUUGUUUUUGAGUCAAUGCUCUCCAUCCAUUGCAACAAGCAGAGGUACAAAGUAUCUAAAUUAUAACUAGGGACACAAACCAACUUCUCCAUUCCAUGUUGGCAAUUUUGAAGCGCAGAGUGCAAUACUAACUAACCCACAUUGUACAGAUUCAUGUGGGAUGGUUUGCCGGUGUAACAUUAGGUGUGAAAGCACUGUUGUAAAGGUCAUGUAAUUCUAUAUGGAUUCUACAGUAAAUCUCUGUUUCAUGAUCUCCGUGUGGUAUUCACUAACACUAUUGUAAAUACUCUUUUCUCUGUGAGUGUAUGUGUACACGUCCAACAUGAUCAUGCCAUAAUAUAAUGAGACACAUUUCUUUGUUUUAUUGUAGAGGAAAAAUGGAAAGAGCAAAAAUAAGAAAA